AUGAAGGAAUUGUUUUUGAGUCGUCUUCCUUCCAGCGCCCAACUUGUGUUAGCAUCAACUAAAGAUGAGUUGGACAUGCAAAAUUUGACAACACUUGCAGACAGAAUCCUGGAAGUCUCUACAACUGCUCCAUCUUCUUCUAAUUUAUUAUCUAUUACAGAGGAGACAGCUAAAUCCAGCGAUUUACAUGAAUUGAAACAGCAAAUUCAACACCUUUCAUGUAAACUGGAGGAAAUGCAAACGCAUAUUCGGGGCAGAAGUGAAAGUCGAGGGCGACAACAGCAUUUUCGACGGCAAUCCCGUUCACCAUCACGCGAUAAACAUGUGAAGGAUGAUGUUUGCUGGUACCACAGAACAUUCGGUAAACAUGCUCGCAAAUGCAACCAGCCUUGCUCGUCGGGAAAUGCCAACGCCAACAACUGA